UCCAUAGCUAUGUUUAAAGUCCACCUCUGGGGAAUACACAGAUUGAGUGUUCCAGAUAAUCCCCUUUCCAGUCCUGCUUGACAUCUGGCCAGCAGGCUUCGGACCUGGACUUCCUGGGACACUGGCCAGGGUUUGAGGAAGACCCCAGUACCUACCUGGCUUCAGGAUGAAGCUGGCCAUGGGCUUCCUGAUUUUGUGGCUCAGCCUGGGGGGUGGCCUGGCUCAGAGUGACACCAGCCCCGAUGCCGAGGAGUCCUAUUCAGACUGGGGCCUUCGGCACAUCAGGGGCAGCUUUGAAUCUGUCAACAGCUACUUCGAUUCCUUUCUGGAGCUUCUUGGAGGGAAAAAUGGAAUCUGCCAGUACAGAUGCCGUUAUGGAAAGGCACCAAUGCCCAGACCCGGCUACAAGCCUCAGGAGCCCAACGGCUGCAGCUCCUAUUUCCUGGGUCUUAAGAUACCAGAAAGUAUGGACUUCGGCAUUCCAGCAAUGACCAAGUGCUGCAACCAGCUGGAUGUCUGUUAUGACACUUGUGGUGCCAAUAAGUAUCGCUGUGAUGCAAAAUUCCGAUGGUGUCUCCAUUCUAUCUGUUCUGAUCUGAAGCGGAGUCUGGGCUUUGUCUCUAAUGUGGCAGUAGCCUGUGAUUCUCUGGUUGAUACCGUGUUCAAUACUGUGUGGACCUUGGGCUGCCGACCUUUUAUGAAUAGCCAACGUGCAGCAUGCAUCUGUGCAGAAGAGGAGAAAGAAGAGUUGUGAAAAAGAGGUGCUCCCUUCCUGGUUUUGAGUGAUGCCACAGCUGUCAGUCUCUGAGAGGGUAGUGUGGCAGAUAUGUCUCAUCCUUGCUUCCAAAAGUUUGGAUGCCACAAAGCAAGAGAAAGAAAACCUUGUUCUACAGCUGGAAAGUGAGUCCCAUCCUUUGAGGAGAAUUGGAAAAAUGCCAUGGAAAUAUUUGAAGACUAUUCUUCAUUUUAACACUGGAUUCCCCAACCAAGACAUAUUGCCUGGCAACUCAGUUCUUAAAGACUAAAAUAAAGACGAAAAUACUGGGAUUCCUGGACUGGGUAAUUCUUAAGUGAAAUUUUACAGAGUUCAACCAUUUGCGAGGCAAGGACUUUCCUCUGGUCCAUGUCUUAGUUGCCAGUAGUAUCUCAUAUUUAAUAAAGUGUACUUUUUAGAAAAGAGAUGAAUGAAUUCCAUUAUCUCCAAUGUGCUUCCAUUUCAUUUAGAAGAGAACAGAACCCAUCUCGGUAAGUUCCACCAAUGAUAACCAUCAUUCUCACUGGUGCUGAAGAGAUAAGAACAGGCGGGCAAAGUCAGAGACUUACCUGGCCAAUGGAGGUGAAGAUCAGAUGUUGUUAGAGGUUCCAUUUUUUCCUUCAGUGAACUAUUCCUGCUGAUAUUCCCAAUUCCUAAGUGGUAUUAGUGUCAUGUUAAGAUCUGAGAAGCACUUGGUAAAAAUUGCUACUGAAGAAAGCCAGGAAAAGUCCCUGAAAUCUGAGGAUACACAAAUGGUCAAUCCCUAAACUAUGGUUCUCUACCCUGACUGCAGAUUAGAAGCACCAGAGGAGCAUUAAAAAACAAAGCAUCUCUGGGGGUGGUAUCUCCCUAUUGGUGUUUUGCAAAGGCUCCACACCUGAUUCUGAUGCCCUGGGAAGGCUGAAGUCCUAAGGUCAGGAACUGGCAAGUGAAGCUCAUGGGCCAAAUCAGGCCUAACACCUGCUUCUGUGAAGUUUUAUUGGACCACAACCAUGCUCUCAUUUGUUUAUGGCCACUCCUGUGCUACAACCUCAGACUUGAAUAGUUGUGACAGACUGUAUGGCCAGAAAGCCUAAAACGUUUACCAUUUGGCCCUUGACAGAAAAAGUUGGCCAACUCCUGACUUGGGUCAUUCUCUUUUCCCUUCUUUUUGUUAAUUUUACUGGUUCGUUAAGAAUUGUUGAUGAUAGCCAUUUCUAAAAAGAAAAAGAAGAAAAACUGUUUCCUGAUCUGUAAAGCCAUAAAAUUAAUUGGCACAUUAAGAAAUUGGAUUUAAUUGCAUAUAAAAUUUAUCCCUGUGGUUUAUAAUAUUUAUUUCAAUAAAAUGUAUUAAGCAUCUACCUACGAAAUAGAGUAUGAUAUAAUUUUA